UCUAGAAACUCAAUUAUCCGCAGCAGGGUUCAAUGCGCGCGUAACGACUUCUGAUGGGAUGCAAUGGCAAAUCAAAUGUGGUAGUUGCCUAAAUAGGCAGGAACCAGGGUUCAGGAGAGACCCCAACGCCUGUGGUCGUUGAAACUGCCCGGUAUACUUCGAUGUCACCUGAACAACCAUUCAUUGACCUUGUCCCAUCCUCGACUUCAGGACCCUUCCCUGUGCCUUCUCUCCCUUUCAGUCACCACUACUAAGCCUAGUGUCAUUCUUGAAGCUUGUCAACCUGGUGCUCACCUAAUCAAUCGCCUGACCCUCAGACAAUUAUCCCAUACCACAUAAAAAAAUGGCGUCUCUCCCACCCAGUGUCGCCAAAUCCAUUGAGAACUCCAAAGCAGAGUACAGACGACUUGGAAACUCUGGUCUAUACGUUUCAGUCCCAAUUGUAGGAUGUAUGUCGAUUGGAAACCCCGAGUGGGCGGAUUGGGUAUUGGGGACCGAUGAAUCCUUGCCUCUUCUAAAAGCGGCAUACGACCGUGGUGUCAACACUUGGGACACGGCCAACAUCUACUCCAAUGGCGACAGUGAAAGAGUCAUUGGAAAGGCCAUCAAGGAGUACAACAUCCCACGAGACAAGCUGGUUCUGAUGACCAAAGCAUGGGGUGUGUUAGGCGAGGAGCAGUUCGCGGCAUACCCAAUUAUGGACCAGUUGAGGACCAGCAAAGACUAUGUCAAUCAGUUUGGACUCUCUCGCAAAUCUCUUAUCACCGGCGUCAAUGGCGCCCUGGAGCGCAUGGGCACUGACUACAUCGACCUUUUCUGGAUCCAUCGCUUCGAUCCAAACACGCCGAUCGAAGAGACCAUGGAGACGUUGCACCACCUCGUUGUUUCAGGCAAGAUUCGCUACAUUGGCGCAUCGAGUAUGUGGACAUACCAGUUCGCCCAGAUGCAGUUCUGCGCCGAGAAGAACGGCUGGACCAAGUUCAUCGCCAUGCAAAACUGCUACAACAUGCUCUACAGGGAAGAGGAACGAGAAAUGAACAAGUUCUGCAAGGAGACCGGCGUGGCCCUCUGCCCCUGGGGUCCCCUGGCUGCGGGUAACCUUGCGCGUCCUCUAAAGGCCAAAGGCGAGACAAAACGAUCUGCUGGCGGUGGUGGUGAUCCUUCCACCACGCGGGAGGAGUCUCUUGAGAUCAUUCGACGUGUUGAGCAAUUGGCGGAGAAGAAGGGGUGGACGAUGAGUCAAGUGACAUUGGCGUGGACGUUGAAGAGAGUCACAAGCCCUAUCAUUGGAUUCAGCACUGUGCAACGGAUUGAAGAUGCAUUGAGUGCUAGAGGUAAAGUCCUGACCGCUGAGGAGGAAGCUUUCUUGGAGGAGCCGUAUACUCCAUUGAACAUUGAGGGUCACUUCUAGGUACCACACUGUCGGAAUAUGAUAUAGACUAUGUGUUAAUGUCCAGUGGUAAACGUCAGGAUGUCUCAUCUGAUCGGUGUGAAAAUGCUCCUCAACGUACUGAAACC